AUGUUCAGUAUAAGAAGACCAAGCGAAUCAGAUAUCAAGCAGUAUAUUAGCGAUAGGAGAGAGGAGCAAUUUCAGUAUAGCAACCUUUAUGGUACACAGGAUUACGCAGAAAAACACGAAUAUGAAUUAGAUCCAAAAUACAGCCAGUUCGAUGUCGAUCAAGUUAAAGUGAAGCUAGGAACAGGUCAAGAGUGUUUUCAAAAGGCAGUAGAGGCAUUAAAGAAAUGGAAGCAAUUCGAUUUGGGAUGGGUACAUUUAUAUUUUAACAAUACACCAAUAGCAGUAGGAGAAACUGUUGGAGUUCUUUCAAGACAAUUUGGUUUUUGGAUUUUAUCAUUCUGUAGAAUUAAUUUUGUGUAUGAUGGUUCACAAGAAGAUGGUUCAGUAAAAUACGGUUUUUCAUAUGGCACUUUAAAGGAUCACGUUGAAAGAGGUGAAGAAAGAUUUGUAAUUGAAUGGGUACGUGAUCCAGAUUCAUCUUUAGAUAAAGGUGAUGUCUAUUUCGAAAUGUUAUCUUUUUCAGAACCAAACUAUUGGUUAUCUCAAUUAGGUUACCCAGUUACAAGAUAUUUCCAAAGUCGUUUUUCAAUUGAUGCAUGCAAUUCAAUGUUAAGAAGUGUUGGUGCACCAGGUGUAGUAAAAAAUAUAUAG